CUCUGCCUUUGGUAAUAUCGCAGCGAAUAUCCGCCUACACACAAUUCCGAUGCAUAAAGAAUGCAUGUGAUGAAAUCGGUCGCUUAUGCGUAAUGUGCGCAUGUCCCCAAUGUGUGCCAUUUCGGCCACGAUUGCUAGCUUAUGCGAGCCAAGGUGAUUGUUAUUAUUGAACCAUCUCAGGGAUGAGGCGAGGAAGGGCCUGCCAAUCGGCCCCUGGGGAGGAGGAAUAAACCUCUACUCCCGAGACAUGCUCUUCUUGCAUCCCUCGCAUAUAAACCUGACUGGCGAUGACACACGAAUCACGUGACCACCUAGCUCUCUCCAUCUCCCGAUCAAUGACAACCUUAUCAUCAGAUGUGUACAUUGGAGCAAAACAAAUCGCUUCUCUUCAUCGGCUCUAGCGAGGGGAGAGGCAACGAGAGAGCCAGGGGUGUGAGGAGGCAGGACCGAGACGGUAAGGAGACCUAAGAACACUGACAUUUUGAGCAUCUUGUGAUCAACGAUGUAGGCACAAAGUGUGGACUUUGCAACAGUGACCUACCCCAUGCUAUCAUCUGUCCAAUAAAACCUACCUGCGUGACCGAUGGUACUUAAAAAAAAAAGGAAUAAUCUGCAUGCACAUUAUACACGCAGCGGUGGAGCGCUAGUUGGUUACGCAUCAAUGCUCGGCGCAUACGAUUUUAAUAACCAUUGGGAAAAUAUUAACCCUGGUUGGAAAAUGAGAUGCAAUAGUCGUGUCAGCCAGUGCAACGGGGGAUUCGUCUAAUGAAUGACCUCAAGUUUGCGCCUGUUAUAAUAAAAGCACCAGGGUUUUUUUGGGUGCUGGCUGUGUUUUUUAUCGCUGAAGGGGACGCAGAUGUUCGAGCCUGUGUCCCGGUUAGAUUGACUGUCUUGAGGACACUUUGAUUUCGCCGUAUAGUGUGUGAUUAUUUGACGGCCGUCAUCAGCGGCAGAGAGAUGGUUAAAGUGGCUUCAACCUUUUCCCCGCCGGCAAGCUGACGGAUGAGUAAACAACGGCGGAGAGUCCCGGGAACCAUAGCCACUGUGAAUUGCUCGUCAGUUUUGGGCUCUCAUCAAUAAAGAUUCACAGCUCUGCUGGUGACUCGUGCAGUAGCUGUGAAGGGGAUUUCGGGGAAUAAAAACUCGAGAGCAAUUGAGGAACGGUCAACAGUUUCAGCCGUUAUCGUAAGAUUGCUCUUGCUUAUAUCCAGUUGAUUCUCUGCCUGUCUGUCAAAUAGGAACGCCUUUACUAUUCAGAAGGCUUAUAUUAGUAAGUGGAUUAUAAACAGUUCGACAGUAAACCAUCACUUUGUGUGAGUGCUUCUGUGUUUUGGCAAACCUUGUCGUGGGUUCAUAGCCCACUUUGGAUGUGUUGUGCUUUAAUCCCGAGAUGAAUACACUGCGUGAAGACGUUGAUAUUGUGGAAGAUAAACAUUAAAGACCACAAUUUACCACCGUUGUAGAAAGCGACUUUUAUAUUUCUCCACUAUUAAAUGAAACGUAAGGAUGUUCAAAACAUCAACCCAACUCCUUAUAUCUUCAGUGUUCAGAUCUGUGGAUUUAGUAAGGUGAGUAGUUUUGAAAACAUCUUCUUUGGCACGUACUGAAACCAGUUGAAAUUGCAUAGUGUGAACGUCAAGUCUUUUCCUGUGCACAUAAAGCUUAGUAUCGCGUCUGUGACCCUCACCUGAAGUGUAACACUAUCGAAAGAGGAAAUAAACGUGGACUAUUGUACAGUGGUACAGGAUGUUGAUGAUUAAGGCCAACAUUCAUCUGUCAGUUAACGAUAGGUGAAGCCGUCGACCACCAUGCAGGAUCAUUCCAGAGUUCGUUCCUUAUCGCUUGACGACAUAGACGUCGGUAUGUCAUCCUCGUUAUCAUCAUCAUCAUCAGCAACAUCUCGCCUGAAGGAGAAAGCAUCAAUUGCUAAGAAGAGGCAGGGGAGUGGCGUCACAGAGGAGGAUGAGGGGAUGGACAAGGAUACCCUACCGGAGUUAGAAUCCCCUGCCAUAGAGAACUUACAGGAUCGGUUGCUGGUGACCCCCAUCCGAUGGCAGUCUAGAUCGGACGCAGCAGGAGGACCUCCUUCGGGGUUGUACCGGCGAGACAGCGCGCCGGCUACCUUGGUCCAGAAGGAGGAUUCCAUCUCAAGGCGAUGCUCCAACCCCGCCCUCCUUGAGACCAUCGAAGAGGGCCAAGUCAGCUGUCGUAGGAAGAGCACCCCGGCUGUGAUGACACAGGGUAUGACUCAGAGAGGUAGGGGCGGAGGAGGGGCACACCUUAGCCCUCGGAGAGCCCUCCUGAACGCCGUUACCACCCCCACCCCGGUACCAGCCCGUAGACGAUCCAUGCCGGAGAUUUCAACCCAACAUCGGAGUACAAUCACAACGGAAACCUUCUAUCCACCUCCACGGAGAAACAGUCUCAUGUCCUGCUCUUUAGCCGAGGUAGCGGCGCGGUUCGAGCUCCUGAACACUCACUCUCGGGUACCUGAGGAGAACGAACUGAUCGAGAAAUCCAGGGGAGGGUACGAACGGAGCAACGGUUCCGGAGUCUCGUCGACUCACACUCUACCACCAAUAACCUUGUAACAUCUUGACUCUUGCGGAUAUUCUUUGUUAGUGGUGAAGGAUUGUGCAUUUUUAUUUUGACAUAGAUAUUGCAUGCAGAGAUGGAGAUGAUGUAAUAAGCCUUUACGUCAGCAUUGACGCUUCUGUUCAAAUUGCUCUCAUUUGAAAAAGAAAAAAUCAGGCAACAUUUCAAAGAUCAGUUAAGACAAUAGUUUAUUCAAACGGUAUCGAAAACAACUAUCUUCCCCUCUGAAGGCUUUUACAUUAUAAUGGUGUUAUUAAAAAAAAAAAAAGUAGGUCUAUAGUGGCUCUGCACUCUAAAAGUCCCGGGUCAGACUUGACCCGGAAAAGGGUCAGGUGGGACCUGACCCUUUUCCGGGUCAAAAAUGACACUUUUCUGGGUCACAAUUACACUGUGUGACUCAUUUUCCGGGUCAUUUUGACAUUUUGACCCGGAAAAGUGUCCAUGUUGACCCAGAAAAGUGCCAUUUUUGACCCGGAAAAUGGUCAGGCCCCACGUGACCCUUUUCUGGGUCAAAUCUGACCCGGGACUUUUUAGAGUGUGUUGGAUCAAUUGCAGUUCCUGAAAUGAGUUCGACCGUUAUCGAAAAUGUCAUGUUUCAUGACACUUAACCCCCAAGCGUGGAAAUUUCAACCACGUUCGUAUACA